AUGUACAGCAUGAUGAUGGAGACGGACUUGCACUCCCCUGGCGGAGCCCCCGCGCCGCCCAGCCUGGCGGGCCAGGCCGGGGCCGGCGGCGGCGGCGGCGGAGGCGGCGGCGGCGGCGGCGGCCCGGGCGGCGGCGGCGGCGGGGGCAACAAAGCGAGCCAGGACCGGGUGAAGCGGCCCAUGAACGCCUUCAUGGUGUGGUCCCGCGGGCAGCGGCGCAAGAUGGCCCAGGAGAACCCCAAGAUGCACAACUCGGAGAUCAGCAAACGCCUGGGCGCGGAGUGGAAGGUGAUGUCGGAGGCGGAGAAGCGGCCCUUCAUCGACGAGGCCAAGCGGCUGCGGGCGCUGCACAUGAAGGAGCACCCGGAUUACAAAUACCGCCCGCGCCGCAAGACCAAGACGCUGCUCAAGAAGGACAAGUACUCGCUGGCCGGCGGGCUGCUGGGCGCGGGCGCGGCCGCCGCCGGCCCCGCCGCCGUGCCCGUGGGCAUGGGCGUGGGCGUGAGCCCCGGGCAGCGCCUGGAGAGCCCCGGCGGGGCGGCGGCCGGCGGAUACGCGCACAUGAACGGCUGGGCCAACGGCGCCUACCCCGGCUCCGUGGCGGCGGCGGCGGCGGCGGCGGCGAUGAUGCAGGAGGCGCAGCUGGCCUACGGGCAGCACCCGGGCGGCGCGGGGCACCCGCACCACCCGCACGCGCACCCGCACCACCCGCACCCGCACAACCCGCAGCCCAUGCACCGCUACGACAUGGGCGCGGCGCUGCAGUACAGCCCGCUCUCCAACUCGCAGGGCUACAUGAGCGCCUCGCCGUCGGGCUACGGCGCGCUGCCCUACAGCGGCCAGCCCCACCAGAACUCGGCCGCGGCGGCGGCGGCGGCAGCGGCGGCGGCGGCCGCCUCGUCGGGGGCGCUGGGCGCGCUGGGCUCGCUCGUCAAGGCCGAGCCCAGCGUGAGCCCGCCCGUCACGUCGCACUCGCGGCCGCCCUGCCCCGGGGACCUGCGCGAGAUGAUCAGCAUGUACUUGCCGGCCGGCGAGGGGGGCGACCCGGCGGCGGCGCAGAGCCGCCUACACUCCCUGCCCCAGCACUACCAGGGGGCCGCCAGCACGGGCGUCAAUGGCACCGUCCCCUUGACACACAUCUGAGCCCGCGGGGCCGGGGGACCCCUGGCCCGCCUCGCCAAACCCCGCCGCGCCGCGCCGCGCCGAGCCCAGCCCGCUCCCUGCCUCUGUACAGCCGCCCCGGCCUGGCCAGGAGACCGGCCCUGGCCAGCAGCGCCGCCGGGGACGGGGCAAGGGGGCAGCUGCUCUUCAGCUCCCUGCCGGUGCUUUGGUUGUUUCAUUUUUUAGGAGGACUGAGGAAACCCGGGGUUCUGUUUCUUUUUCGUUUUCUUUUU